CUUUCCUCGCUGAAACACCGGAUAUCUAAUAUACAACAUAGGGUAAAUUUCACUUUACUACUCGGAUAUCUAUUAUACAAUAUACAUCUCCCCAACUUUUGAAACUAUUCUUUCAACAAGUAGAGUUGAAGAUAUGGCAUUCAAAGGAAUUGAGAUGGCUCUAGCCCUGGUCCUUGGGUCCAUGCUUUUGGGUGGAGCCAUGGCUCAAUCAGGCUGUACCACUGCACUCGCAAGCCUGGCACCAUGCCUCAGCUAUGUUACAGGAAACUCAUCAAACCCAUCAUCUUCAUGCUGCUCACAGCUUUCUAAUGUUGUCCAGUCAUCACCACAGUGCCUUUGCUCAUUGCUCAAUGGUGGCGGCUCCUCACUUGGUAUCACCAUAAACCGAACCCUUGCUCUGUCUCUUCCUAGUGCCUGUAAAGUCCAAACUCCACCCGUUAGCCAGUGUCAAGCAGGUACCAAUGGACCUACAACAAGUCCAUCAACUCCUCCAUCAAGUUCCUCUGCAGAUCCCUCCAAUCAAACACCUUCAGAUGCUUCUACACCAGAAGCUGCAAUUUCGCCUUCAGCUACAGGAGAAGGGUCGAAAACAGUUCCAUCCACAAAAGGAAACACAUCUGAUGGAAGCAACAUCAAAGCACCCCUUCACUUUGUUCCCUUGCUCCUUUUCGUUAUCUCUUGUGCUUCUACUCUCACCAGUUUUUGAGUCUUCUACAGAGAUUUGGGGCCUGUUCUAGUCCUACACAUAUUUCAUUACCAUUUCUUUUCAAUUUUAUUUGGGUGUUCGUGGAGAUGAUCAUUAUUUUUUCUCUGGAAUCUUGGCGAUGGAGGUCAUUAUUUGUACUUGGGUGUGUUUUGCUUUACAUCGUUUGUUUGUACUUACCUAUUUACAAUUUAUAAUGAAGUAUGAGUAGGGUACUCUUGCUCCCUUUAAA